ACCAGACUUUGGUCCUCUGGAGGGCUCUGUCCACCCCCUGCAGCAAAUGAAGCAACCAGAGAUGUUGGAAGAGCUGGUCCUUUGCUUGAGUAUGAAAGGAGAAUUGCAUCGGGGGAGCUAGUGGAUGGUGACAAUUGCCAGGUGGGCACCCUUAGAGUACUGCAAAGACUUUAUGAACAACUCAUUGAGCAUGAAGAUAGCUGCCAGCUGGAUAAAUACAAAGCAUCUGAGAAAAAUGGGAGGAGUGGGUGGUUAUGGUCGCGUCUCAUUCCCCAAUCUUCAUAUUCACCAGUCAAAGGGCUCUACCUUUAUGGAGGAGUAGGCACUGGAAAGACGAUGCUUAUGGAUUUGUUUUAUGAUCGAUUGCCAUGUAACUGGAGGAAGAAAAGAAUACACUUUCACGAUUUUAUGUUGAGUGUGCAUAGUCGCCUGCAGAUGCAUAAAGGGGUAGCAGAUCCACUUGAAGUUGUUGCAGGAGAGAUAUCUGACGAGUCAAUUCUAUUAUGCCUUGAUGAAUUCAUGGUGACUGAUGUUGCUGAUGCUUUGAUACUGAAUCGUCUUUUUCGACAUUUGUUCAGCAAAGGCGUUGUUCUUGUCUCCACUUCAAAUCGCGCUCCUGAUCAGCUUUAUGAAGGUGGUUUACAGAGGGAUCUAUUCUUGCCCUUCAUUGAAACCUUGAAGGAAAGGUGUGUGGUGCAUGAGAUUGGCUCUUCAAUAGACUAUAGAAAAUUGGGUUUGGCUGAGCAGGGCUUUUAUUUCGUUGGAAAGGAGUACUCUGAACUUCUUAAACAGAAGUUCUAUCAGUUGAUUGGACAAGAAAUACCUGGUCCACGAGUUGUGGAAGUUGUCAUGGGAAGACAAUUGCAGGUCCCACUGGGAGCUAACGGAUGUGCAUAUUUUCCUUUUGAAGCUUGUGACAGGCCUUUGGGUGCAGCUGACUACUUUGGAUUGUUUAAAAAAUUUCAUACACUGGCAUUGAAGGAGUGCCAAAGUUUGGGCUCCAUAACAGGAACUGCAGCUUAUCGGUUUGUCACCUUAGUUGAUGUGAUGUAUGAGAACAGGGCCAGAUUGUUAUGUACAGCGGAGGCAUCUCCAAUUGAAUUAUUUGAAAGAAUUGUGACUGCGGCUAAUGCCCAAAAGAUAUCUCCUAGAUCUUCUUCGAUGUCGCAGAAAGGGGAUGACCUUGAUCUUUGUGUGGACAAUGAACUAGGAUUUGCAAAGGACCGCACAAUUAGUAGAUUAACAGAGAUGAACAGCAAGGAGUAUUUGGAACAGCAUGAUGCCAACUUGCAGGAGAAGGCCCCUGAGGAUGUACAUGAGAAGGGUGAUUGCCUUGCAAGCAUGAUAAUUUGUUUUUUAACUUAUUAUUUAUAAUGUUCCAUAAUAUGAGCCCAUGCCAGUCAAUUCAGAAGAAUGUUUACUUCACAAUGCACCAUUAAGCUUCAAGUUUAGCAGAGGUCUAAUCUGCAUACUAUGCAAAAUCUUUUUCUUAAGGGAUGAUUAUAUUAUCUGAUUACGCCAUUAGUUUGAAAUAAAGCAAGCAUUUACUACCAUAAUACAUACAAA